AUGAUGUCAUCGCCCUCAUCACCUUCGCAUUCGACACCCUUGUCCGAAGUUUUGCUGGUGAGCUCCCCUGGUUUUGGGGUGAUCGAUUCUGGCUGUGGUCGAACGAUUGUAGGUCAGGAGACUUUGAAAGAAUUUGAACAGCUCUGGCGUGCUAAGGGCAUUCCAGUCCCUGCCCCCUUUUCUGAGGUGAAUCAUUUCAAGUUUGGAAAUGGACAGCGUGAAACCACAGAUUCAUCAGUGAAGCUUCCAGUUGUGAUUGCAGGCAGAUCCGGUAGCAUCAAAGCAGCCAUCGUGAAAGGAUCCGCCCCACUGUUGAUUUCAAGAAAUGCACUGCAAUUGUUGGAAGCUGUUGUGAAUUUUGGUCGAAAUGAGCUGUCACUGUUCUCAGAUCAGAUCACGGUUCCUUUGACCAUCAAUGCAGCCGGCCAGUAUGCCAUCAAUUUGCUCGACCAGGUAGGCGAUUUGAAGCAGCCGUCUCAGGAAGUUUUGAUGAACGCCACCACUGAGCCUUCGAAGCCGUCAGAGCCAUCCAGCCCAGCACAGUUGUCUGCCGACAUGAGUGCAGGACCGGACUCUGACUUGCAAACAUGGACAAGAACUGAUUCCUUUUUGAACCAUACAGUUACCACAGGUAAGCAAGGUCCAGCUUGGCAAUCAGUUAGACUGUAUGCCCGUUCACUGCCAGCGUCAAUUGAAUGCCCAGAUCCGUCAGCCGGUGCCUAA